CGGAUGUUGGCAACACUGCAUUUGCAAAACAUCUGCACUUCUGCAGUUGGGUGGUUGUCGACUUUUUCCAAAAUGUAGUGUUUUCGGUCGUUUUCGUAGCAGUGAGAGCGAAACAUUCUUUUAAUUACCGUCAAAUGAGACCACAGCCGAAAAUGACGGCGUCUUCAGGUGCAGAAGAGGCCUUGUGCGACGAAGUGCUGUCCAACGGAGACGUAGACAUCGACGUUAACUCUUCGACGAUGAUUCUUGGGGUUCCUGUCGCCAAUGAGGAAGUCCAUUCUGAGGAAGCAAGUAUGCUUGUUGAGGGCACCACGCCCGUUGAACUGCGACAUACGAACGUCACCACGGUGCCCAAAGAGCCAUCUACUUGUUGGAAAACCGGAGCUCGCUAUUGCAUUGUGACCUUCUGCUGUCUAAACGUUGUGAUGUUGGUAUUCGGAGGGCUGUGGCCUGCCCUGUCGCAGUACUCCAAGGACGACCACAAACGAAUCGUCAUUAUUCAAACCGACCACCUCGUUCAAGUAGUCAACGAGCGAUUUCUCAGCGUCGCUCUAGACUCUUCGCAGAUACAUAGGAGAUUUAAAAAAUUUGACAUGAAAUCAAAAGCUGCUCGAAUGCUGGGUACAUACCUGUCCCCUGGAUAUUUACGCGUUGGAGGCACAGCCGCAGACAGACUGAUUUUUGUCGAGAAUCACGUGCAAGAUGGAAAAUUUGACGAAUCUGAGGCACUGCCCUUGGACGGCGGCUCUUGUGCCUACGAAGGAGAAAUGUGCACAAAGCAACAGAGAUUUUUCAACAUGUCUGGUGAGACACUCACUGAACUCCACAACUACGCGAAAACGGCUGGCAUGGACAUGAUUUUCGACCUGAACGCGCUUUUGAGAAAGGGCGAGGACUGGGAUGAUACCAAUGCCAAGGAGCUCUUGGACUACGCCAGCAAACAGGAACUCAAACUGCACUGGCAGCUGGGAAAUGAGCCAAAUGCAUACCGGCACAAAUUUGAUACGUUUGUGGAAGCAUCACAACUGGGAGAGGAUUUCGUGAAUUUGCGGGAGUUGCUGAACCAAUAUCCAAGAUACUCAAGAUCCUUCCUUUUGGGCCCGGAUAUAACUAGACCACGGCCGCUCAAGCUGGCCGACUUGGAUUACCUGAGGGAGUUCCUUCGAACUGCUGCUCCUCGACUUAAUGCUGUGACUUGGCACCAGUACUACUUAAACGGAAGGGAAGCCACAUUGCAGGACUUUUUGAAUGUGGAGACGUACAACGUUUUGUAUGAGCAAAUCGGUCUUGUCAAGAAUGUUAUGAAGAGUAUGGCACUCGGCAUGCCAGUUUGGCUAGGAGAAACUGGAACCGCUUUUGGUGGCGGUGCUGCUGAGCUGUCGGACCGGUUUGUCGGCAGUUUCCUCUGGUUGGACAAACUUGGCGUUGCGGCGAGCGAGGGCAUCAAGGUGGUAAUCAGGCAGAGUUUGUUCGGCGGACAUUAUGGUCUCAUCCGCAAUGACCAUGGAUCGCUCGUUCCCAACCCAGAUUUCUGGGUGUCCAUUUUGUACAAGCGACUGGUGGGCACUGGCGUCGUGGGUGUGACGCUGCUGAAAGAUUUCAAAGGGCCAGUCCGAAUCUACUGCCACUGCACGGAGCCAUCUGCUUUGCAUCCUGGCCUCGGAGGAGUCACGAUUUUCGGCAUCAAUUUGCUCUCUGAUGCCAUUGAGCUGUCACUGCAAGGCACGCACAACGUCAGCAGUGUGGACAGAUACAUCCUGCAAGGAGAGACCGGCCUUCAAUCUCAGCACGUGCUGCUGAACGGCGAGAAGCUGGAGCUGCUGGCCAACUUCCGUCUGCCGCCUAUGGCUGCCCAACCAAUGGAUCUGAACUCGCCUAUAUCAAUGCCCGAGCACUCAAUAGGAUUCUGGGUACUGCAUGGGGCCCAAGUGCCUGCCUGUCAAAAUACUCAGUAAGCUCCAUGACAUGAAAUGUGUAGCUGACUUUUACUUGUGCACUCACCCCUACUAUUAAACCUUCGAUAAUAAUUAGUCCUCACGUGCAAAAACUAUACCGCAACUCGUUCUAGCUGAAACAACGCAAUCACUAUAUAGUAGUCACUGUUUUUGUGCAAAUAUUUGUAUUUUGUGGGCUUCAAGCGACUGAAUUGAAUCCAUUGCGAAACCAAGUUGAAAGUUUUCCGUCGACAAACUACAAAAGGAGGUCUAAUUACGAAAAUAUCAAGAGUAUGCCUGCAGAAUCCCAAGCUUAGGAUGAUUAUGAUAAGAAAUUUAAUUUCGCCCGUAGACGAACAAAAUGGUUUUGCAGACGUUUUUAGCCGUUUUUAAGAAAUCCACUUCCUCACCUCUGCAUUUACUCUGCGAAUCUGCAUCUCUGCACCCAGCAUUACAAAAUGUACAUUGUUUCUCAUGAUGAAUUUAUUGUUUCUGUAAUAAGCUGCGAAGACGUACUUUUUACAUUAGCAUCCCGUUUUAUUUUAUUAUUUUUGAUAAAAUGUGAUUUAAUGUUAUGGCCAAAUAAAAACAAACUUGUGAAGUCCUGUUCUAACAA